ACAAAAAAAAAAAAAAACUACUUGUUACGAGUAGCUCCUCCUUUUCCUAGAUACUCCGUUAUUCUUUUUCACUCUCUUUCUCAAAACGAAACCCUAACCGACUCAUAUCGUUCCGAUCAAAACAAUGGGAACACCGGAAACUUCUCGAGAACCAUGUCCAGAUCGGAUCAUCGAUGAUGUCGGAGGAGCGUUCGGAAUGGGAGCCGUCGGCGGCUCCGCCUUCCACUUCCUCAAAGGUCUCUAUAAUUCACCCCAAGGCGCUCGUUUCACCGGCGCCGCACAAGCUGUUCGUCUCAACGGAGGACGAAUCGGUGGUAGUUUCGCCGUUUGGGGUGGUUUAUUCUCUACGUUUGAUUGUACUAUGGUUCACGUUCGUGGGAAAGAAGAUCCAUGGAAUUCGAUUGUUGCUGGUGCUGCUACCGGUGGUUUUCUUGCUAUGCGUCAGGGUUUUGCUUCUUCUGCAAGAUCUGCGGCGUUUGGUGGUGUUUUGCUUGCGCUAAUUGAAGGUGUGGGGAUUGCGGUUAAUAAGUUUGUGAGUGCUCAACAGCCUAUGCCGAUUAUGAUGGACGAGAUGCCGCCGCCGGAGGAAUUGGAUUCGAAUAACGGUGCGAAGGCGUGGUUUGGUGGAUUGUUUGGCGGAGCGAAGGAAGAAGAGAAGAACACUGGAGGAAGUGAGGUGAAUAUUCUUGAGAGUUUUGAUGCUCCUCCUGUGCCUAAUUUUGAGUACAAGUGAAUUAGGGUUUGGUUUUUGACUUUUGAGGUAGUGAUUUUUGUUAUGUUCUGAAAUUUAAAUUGAAAAAAAGAAAUUAGGGGUUUGUUUUGAACCUCAAAUUUGUGACGAUUCUUGGUUUUCGUUGGUAGUUACUUGGAUUAGUACUUGUUUUGAAAUCAAUAAUGAUGUAACAAGUGUAGUGUUAUACUUUAAUUAUUACAAUGAGUUUUUAAUGUUGUCA